UCAGUUGGAGAGUCAGCAGUUAAACCCGCCAACGUUCGGCAAGAUCGCACGUGUCUGAACCGCGAAACGCCGCACGCGAUAUGCUUUUCGUAACUGUUCAGGUGUCCAGUUCAGUUCAGUUCUUCGCGAAUUCUACUAUUCUACUUUAAAUAGUUGACCAAGUAACAUUCAACUAGACUAUAUCAUUUACGAUGGCCGAUGCGGUAGAUAAACCGGAAGCCGCAAAUCUUAAGCGGAAGAUAACACUCCUGAACGGCGUCGCUCUGAUCAUAGGAACGAUCAUCGGAAGCGGUAUAUUCGUCUCCCCGAAAGGCGUGAUCGAGAGCACCAAUUCGGUCGGGCUCGCCAUCGUCGUCUGGUGUCUGUCGGGCAUCUUCUCCAUGCUCGGGGCCCUUUGCUACGCUGAGCUCGGCACCUCCAUCACACGAUCAGGUGGCGACUAUGCCUAUAUCUAUGCAGCUUUUGGCCCUCUAUGCGGCUUCCUCCGACUGUGGGUCGCGAUCCUCAUCAUCCGGCCAACGACACAGACAAUUGUUGCGCUCACCUUCGCCGAAUACGCGGCGAAACCCUUUUUUCCCGAAUGCAAACCACCGGAAAACGCAAUUAGACUGCUCGCCGCCGUUUGCUUAUGUCUGCUCACUGCCGUGAACUGUCUGAGCGUAAGAUGGGCGAUGAGGAUUCAAAGCAUUUUCACCAUGGCCAAAUUAUUCGCAUUGGUUGGUAUCAUCAUCAUCGGAGUUGUUUACCUUGGUUACGGAAAGGUUGAGAACUUUGAGAACGCGUUCGAAGGUAAUUACGAGCCCGUCGAUCUAGCCUUAGCCUUCUAUUCCGGACUAUUUGCUUUUGGUGGCUGGAAUUUCCUUAAUUUCGUAACGGAGGAGUUGCAAGAUCCUUACAAGAACCUCCCGAGAGCGAUCUGGAUUGCCAUGCCCAUGGUCACUGUAGUAUACGUAUUUGCUAACAUCGCUUAUUUCGUCGUCCUUUCCAAAAGCGAAAUCUUAAGUUCUCCCGCCGUUGCAGUGACAUUUGCAGAUAAAACUAUUGGAUCUUUCUCUUGGGUCGUACCGAUUUUCGUGGCAUUAUCGACGUUCGGUGGAGUAAAUGGGAUUCUCUUCACCUCCUCCAGAUUAUUCUUCAUUGGUGCCCAAGAAGGACACUUGCCAAAUUUCUUUUCUUUUAUUCAUAUGACAAGGAAUACUCCCAUUCCGUCUUUACUAUUUACGUGCGCAACAUCCUUAGCCAUGCUUCUAGUUAGUGACGUGUUUGCUCUCAUUCAUUAUUUCAGUCAAAUAUUAUGGCUUUCAGUUGCACUAAGUAUAGCUGGAAUGCUUUGGUUGAGAUAUAAGGAACCAAAUAUUCCCAGACCGAUUCGCAUAAAUACGAUUAUACCAGUCACAUUUAUUGCUUGCUGCCUUUUCCUAGUUAUAUUCCCAAUAUUCUUCAACCCCAUCAACUUUAUAAUCGGAUCAGUGAUAACGCUAUCAGGAAUUCCUGUUUAUUACUUAUUUGUCGUUAAGAGGGAAAGCAGAAGUCCUAAGUUAAGACUUAUAGGAGAUAAAUUGGUGUUUUUUUUGCAAGUUGCUAUGGAAUUGACCCCAUCUGAAGCUGAAAAAAGAUUGUCCAAUGAAUAAUAAAACAGGAAAAAUAAAUAUUUAUUUAUAUUUGCAAACUACAAAUA